AUGACUCUAUUGGCGAUCCUAAUCGCACUACUACUCGUUUCGUCCACCAAGGCCACGAACCUGACAUCCGACAAAGAGGCGGCCACCCGAGAGAUGCAGAAAGCCAACUACUUUACAUUCGUGAUGCUCCUCAACAUGGCCCCACCUGACAUAAUCAAAGGCGGCAUCACAUUCUUGAUGCCCAACGACAAGGCCCUCUCCAAGGCCGCCAUAUCUGAGUCCUCCGUGGCUGACUUCCUUCUCCGCCACUCCAUCCCUUCGCCCCUUCUCAUCGACGAUCUCGAGCACUUCCCAUCAGAGUCCACGGUCCCCGCAUCCAAGCCCGGACUCGUUUUCAGGGUCAGGAAUCAAGGGAGGCGGCAUUUUUUCCUGAGCAACGUUCGAGUCGUGAGCCCCAACAUCUGCACUGAGGGGCUCCUCGUAAGGUGCCAUGGUGUAGAUGGGGUGGCCCGGCCCGAAAUGCCCAACCCGCCAUUGGGCCCGCCUUGUCACAGUAAUGGAUCAAGCCCGUCGGGGGCGGUGGCCCCAUCAACGGCAUGGUUGGGAGACCAAGGGCCCAUCAGUACCCCGUGGGUUGUGGAGGCGAGUAUUGCUCGUCCCAAGUCGGGAAACGUAGAGUUAGUUAUGUGUCGUGGAUCAAAGUAUAACCACAGCCUCCAUCUAUUAUGCAUGUCGAGUUAUGGAUUGCGAAUUUGUCAUUGA